AUGCGCGGCCAAUAUGGCGGACUGGGCGCAUGUGCAGUGGCGGCUACAGUUCUCUUUCUAGCCACUGCCGCCGCCCAACAAGACUACUAUGAGGUCGACCCCGACACAGCCGACCUCCUAGACGCUCUCCAGCCGCAAUAUGAACCAGAGUCCGACCUAGACUUUGGCUACGGGAAGCGCCACAGUGACUACGCCUUCGGCCUUGGAAAGCGCACCCCCAGCUAUGCUUUCGGACUGGGCAAACGCCAGAAUAUGUACUCCUUUGGCCUUGGCAAGCGUUCAGAUGGCUUCAGCCUCGGCUUUGGCAAGAAAUCAGGCCACUAUAACUUCGGUCUCGGAAAAAGAAGCGUCGAGGGCCAGAUGGAGCCUCCGGAAACCUCAGUGGUGGAAGAGGCUGAGGAUGCGGAUAAGAUGAGAAAGAAGAGAGAGGCGGAAGCGGACGAAGGGUCUGCGCACGACAAGGACAAGAGGGCGAGCCAGUACACCUUCGGCCUGGGCAAGAGGCCAGAUGCUGAAGAGAGCAACAAGAGGGACAGGCUAUAUGCCUUCGGUCUGGGCAAGCGUGUCUCGGAGGACAAGAGAGACCGAACGUACUCUUUCGGUCUCGGCAAGAGGGACGAUGACUUCGAGAAACGACAACGUGACUACGCCUUUGGACUUGGCAAGCGAGACCUCGAUGAGGAUAUAGACAAGAGGGCUAACCAAUACGCAUUCGGACUCGGCAAACGGGCGAACGAAGACGAGGACGCAGCCAGCCUUUUUGCAUUCGGACUCGGCAAGCGGCCGUCGGCAUACAGCUUUGGCCUCGGCAAGCGGAGCGACGGCGAUGACGAAGAAUACGACUCCUACGUGUUCGGUGACGACGACCAGGAAGGCCAGUCUGAGGAAUACGACGACGAGGACGCGAAGAGAUCCGUCGCUUAUGGCUUUGGCUUGGGCAAGAGGAACGAAGUCCCUGAUCCUGAAACAGAGAGAAAUUCUUAUGACUUUGGUCUUGGGAAGAAAUCAGGCCACUACGCUUUCGGUCUUGGCAAGAGAGGAGGACCUUAUGAAUUUGGUCUGGGAAAGAGAGCAGGACCAUACGAAUUUGGUCUUGGAAAGAGAGCUGGCCCUUACGAAUUUGGUUUGGGAAAGAGAGCCGGACCUUAUGAAUUCGGUCUUGGAAAGAGAGCAGGACCUUAUGAAUUCGGUCUUGGAAAGAGAGCAGGACCUUACGAAUUCGGUCUCGGUAAAAGGGCCGGCCCUUACGAAUUUGGACUUGGUAAGAGAGCAAGUCCCUAUGAAUUUGGUCUGGGAAAGAGAGUAGGAGCUUAUGAAUUUGGGCUCGGCAAGAGAGCAGGACCAUAUGAAUUCGGUCUCGGAAAACGUGCUGGGCCUUAUGAAUUCGGUCUUGGCAAGAGAGCAGGACCAUAUGAGUUCGGUCUCGGCAAGCGCGCGGGUCCCUAUGAAUUUGGUCUCGGCAAACGAGCAAGCCCUUACGAGUUCGGCCUCGGCAAGAGGGCGGGCCCCUAUGAGUUCGGUCUGGGCAAGCGGGACGACUGGUACGACAUCGGCAAGAAGGCGGGCCACUACUCCUUCGGGCUGGGCAAGCGGAGCGGCCAGUCGCCCUACGGCUUCGGCAAGAAAGCGGGCCACUAUUCCUUCGGGCUGGGCAAGCGCUCCGCCGGGCCCUACGCCUUCGGGUUGGGCAAGAGAGAUGCGAGAGGCGACCUGGACCUCGAUCAGUCGCCAGCAUACGCCUCCGACCUGGGCAAGAGGAUAGGCUCGGCGUACAGCUUCGGGCUCGGCAAGCGCGGCUCCAGCGACCUCACCGCCGAGCACGAAGAGGGAGCGGACGGACAAGAAACGGAAGAUCAAUCAUCGUCUUAA